AUGAAUGUCAGCACGAGUGCAUUAGGUGUCAGAAGAAGGAAGCCUAAGAGUCAAAAUAUCGACGAGGAGGAAAAUGCCAGUGUUUUGAAGCUAGGGCCAGAGUUUCAACUUACGCAAAUCACAAACUCCGGAGACAGUGAACAGCUCAUUGCAUUGAAUUUGUCCGAAGCUCGACUUUUGAUCAGGGCUGCGCUUAAGGAGCGGAAGAGCAAGGCUGAAAACAAGAAAUUCGAGGACAACGAUGAUGAAGAAAAUGAAAGAGAAGAUGAAAUAGCUAAUAUCGAGCUUGCGGGACCCAACUCGAAUGAAAUUGUGCACAAAACCUUGAACUACUUAUCCAUGUUCAGCCGGUUCAAGAAUUCAUCCUCUACAGAAACUGUUGAGAAGCUCUUGAACGAUUUCAGUAGCCAAGCUUCUGAACCAUUGCACCCUUUCGAAAUAGCCCAAUUAGGAAACUUGGAAUGUGAAGACGCAGAAGAAGCGAAAUCAUUAAUUCCUAGUCUAGCACACAAAGUUUCUGAUGUACAGUUGAAAACUUUGUUGACUGAAUUGAGAAAGUAUCAAACAUUGUCUUAA